AUGGAGGCGGCCACAACGCCGGCGGCAGCUGAGACGCAGCACCGCCACGGCGGAUGCUUGUCUGUCAGGACGUUCAUGCCGCCCGGGCCGGUGGCGCGAUGCUCCGGUGGCUCCUCUCAGGCAGCUGGAUCUCCCGAUGAGGCGUCAUGUGGAUCACCAAGAUGGAUAGGGAAAAGUCUCUCUUGUGUAUGCAUCAAAAGGAAAGGGGCAUAUGAGCAAAUAUGCGUGAACCUUACGCCAGUGCAGGAACAGAGGCUUCAGAGAUUGAGGCACCGCAUGAAGGUUUAUUUUGAUCACUCAAGGCGAGAUCAUCAGGAAGCCUUGAGAGCUCUUUGGUAUGCAACAUACCCUGAUCAAGAACUGCAAGGUUUGGUCUCUGAACAAUGGAAGGACAUGGGCUGGCAAGGAAGAGAUCCAUCAACUGACUUCAGAGGCGCAGGAUUCAUAUCUCUAGAGAAUCUUCUAUUCUUUGCAAAGACAUUCUCUGCGUCAUUUCAGAGGUUACUACAGAAACAAAGUGGCAAUCGCGCCACUUGGGAGUACCCGUUUGCAGUUGCCGGUGUAAAUAUCACAUUCAUGAUCAUGCAGAUGCUGGAUCUCCAGUCCAUGAAAUCAAUUGCAGCUAAACCGAGAACGUUCGUCAAAGCUGUUUUUGUCCAAAUGCUUUCAGAGGAUGAAUGGGCAUUUGAUCUGCUCUACUGUGUUGCUUUCCUUGUGAUGGACAAGCAGUGGGUAGAGAAGAACGCUUCUUACAUGGACUUCAAUGAGAUACUGAAGUCAACUCGAGCGCAGCUGGAGAAGGAGCUUCUGCUGGAGGAUGUGCUGAGGAUUGAAGAUAUGCCAUCAUACAGACUGCUUUGCUAG